CAUCACCGGAAGCGAACUUCAGUCAUUUGCCGCCAAACUACCCUGCGGGUCGCGAUGAGAUUGUUUAUCCGUCGACUCGCGGUUCCCUCAGACAGAGAUCGUUAACGCACGGGAUUGCGUCGGGCGUGCAGAUAUCGCAGAUCGUUCCGCUUCCAAGCUUCGUAGAGCUGUUCGCGAGUUCUCCAUUGAGAUCGGUUAACCGCUCAGGCUUCCUGAUCCUGUCGGACUUACCAUGGCGAAGGUGCAACUGGCGAAUGUUGCUGUCCUCGACAAUCCGUCGCCGUUUCUGAAUCCGUUCCAGUUCGAAGUCACGUUCGAGUGUAUCGAGGAGCUGAAGGAAGAUCUGGAAUGGAAGAUGAUAUACGUGGGAAGUGCGGAGUCCGAGGAAUUCGAUCAGGUCUUAGAUACUAUCUACGUUGGUCCGAUUCCGGAGGGAAGACACAUGUUUGUGUUUCAGGCUGAUCCACCUGACGUCAGUAGGAUCCCAGUCAACGAUGCUCUGGGUGUAACAGUCGUAUUGUUGACUUGCUCCUACAGAGGCCAUGAAUUCGUUCGCGUGGGCUACUUCAUAAAUAACGAAUACACAGACCCGGAACUACGAGAGAAUCCACCUGCGCAGCCACAAUUCGACAAGGUCCAAAGGAAUAUACUAGGAGAUAAGCCACGUGUCACUAGAUUCAAAAUCAAUUGGGACGAUUGUCCAACCGGCACGGCGAACAAUCUCUCCGAGGGUAUGGACACGCCAGCGUUAGAAGAAACGUCGCAAGAUGCACCUACGUCUACGCUAGGGUUCACGGAAAACACGCAGAACGGUGGAAUGGAAGUGAUGUGAAAAACAAUCUGCUGCGGAUAAAGAAAUGAGUUUUCCGGUGAAGCAGUAAACACAGUAACUUAAACGAUGAAGUAGUACCUGGAAAGAGAAUGGAAGUACAUGCUCCAUAACAUAUAUUUAGAUAAUUUGAAAAACUCGCGCAAAAUGACCUUCCAUAAGUAUCGAUGUUGCCCUUCGACGAGAUCUACGAACGUUUGUAUAUUUUAAAAAGACACUACGUGUUGUAAUGUGAUAACUUUACACUUGAGCAAAAGAAUGAAUGCACGAGUUGUGGAACAGCUGUCCCCACAAUUAUCCCAAUCAAAUAAUGGUACUGAAUUGCGACUUAGUAUCUCCUAAAAUUCGUGUAACUUUCGCGGAAGAGCUUACAGAUAAUCUAGCGAGCAAUAAUUCUAGCGUGAUCCAUCACGAUGAUUAAAUUGAGUAUCAACAAGCGAUAUUAAUUAUAAACAUUUAUUACAACGCAAUGGCAAAUUCGAUCGUACAACACUGCAUAAUUAUUGUUUUUUGAAAUUAUUAUGCUCGGUAGCCUACAACAUUUGUUUGAGACUUCAAACUGAAAGAUGCACUUGAUUCUUCGAGUAUUAUAUCAUUGUUGCUUAUUAUUAUUACGUCGCCUGGCAUUAGAUCGUAAAACAGUUUCCAUUUUUUAUUAAUGUAUAUAUAUAUACGUACUAAGAUAAAAAA